GAAGAAGAAAGCCCAAAAAAAGCCCAACUUCAAAAGGUAGUCUCUCGCGCAAGAAACCUUCGUUAACAAGAAAUAUUUCUUCACCUUUUCGAAAAACCUCCCCAAUUUCUUUCACUUUCUCUCUCCUCACACUAUCUCGCGGAUCUGCUACUGAAGGAUAACAAAAUGAAGCUUGACACAAGUGGUCUUGAAUCAACUGCUCCGAUUUUCCGGAGAAGUGAUUUUGUAUUUGAUGGCUUGCAAAUGACACCUUCCUUCGACCUCCCUAAUCCUACUGACUUUGAUGGAUUUCAGAAAGAGGCUGUACAGAUGGUGAAGCCUGCAAAGGGGACUACAACUCUUGCUUUUAUUUUCAAACAUGGUGUCAUGGUUGCUGCUGAUUCCCGAGCUAGCAUGGGAGGAUAUAUAUCGUCUCAAUCUGUGAAGAAAAUUAUUGAAAUCAAUCCUUAUAUGCUUGGUACCAUGGCUGGUGGGGCUGCUGACUGUCAGUUUUGGCAUCGAAACUUGGGCAUCAAGUGCCGGUUGCAUGAACUUGCAAACAAGCGAAGAAUUUCUGUCACAGGAGCUUCAAAAUUGCUAGCAAACAUUUUGUAUAACUACCGGGGUAUGGGCCUCUCUGUUGGUACGAUGAUUGCUGGGUGGGAUGAAACGGGGCCUGGACUAUAUUAUGUGGACAGUGAAGGAGGAAGGCUCAAAGGAAUGCGGUUCUCAGUUGGAUCUGGUUCACCAUAUGCUUAUGGUGUGCUUGACAAUGGGUACAAAUAUGAUAUGACUGUUGAAGAAGCAUCAGAGCUAGCUAGAAGAGCUAUUUACCAUGCUACAUACCGUGACGGAGCUAGUGGUGGUGUUGUCAGUGUUUAUCACGUCGGACCUGAUGGAUGGAAGAAGGUAACUGGAGAUGAUGUUGGGGACCUCCAUUUCCAAUAUUACCCAGUUGUGCCUGCCACAGUAGAGCAGGAAAUGGUUGAAGUAGUUGGAGCUUAAGACUUAGGACCGAAGAAUUCAUAUUUUCAAGUUACAACUGAAGUGCAGAAUGUUAUAAUGCUGGUUAGUUGGCUGAAUUGUCCCUAAUGUUUCCUGUGUUCAUAUGAACAGAACCCGUUGUAUGUUAUUGUACUACUAAACUAAUGAUUUCAAGCCCCUUUGUAGCCUUAGAUUCAAUGAAUUGCUCUUUUGUGGUUCUGCAGAUAAUUCUUAGUGAAAGUUGGUGUUACUUCCAACACCAGUGUUCUUUCUUUUC